AUGCCAGAGGAGACGACCAAGCCCUUCCCGGCGCGCGCCGUAAUCACGCUGUCGUGCUGCUUCCUCGUCAACAUCUACACGGUCACCUCCGUCUUCCCCUACCUCGCCUACUACGUCGUCGAGGCCGGCGCCGCGGAGGACGUCGACGCGGCGGGCUACUGGAGCGGCGUCAUCACGGCCGCGUUCAUGGUCGGGAGGGUCAUCGGCGCGUAUCCCUUGGGCCGCGCCGCGGACCGCUUCGGCCGCAAGCCCGUGCUCUUCCUCGGGCUCGCGACGAACGCCGCGCUCGCCGUCGCGUUCGGGUCGUGCCGCUCCAUCGGCGCGGCGAUCCUGACGCGCUUUCUGACGGGGCUGUUCAACGGCAUUCCCAUCGUCGCGCGCACGUCGGCGACGGAGCUCGUCGCGGACGCGGCGCUCGAGGCCGACGAGCAGCAGAAGCGGCGGAGCCGCGCCGUCGCCUGGGUUUUAGGCAGCUACAGCAUCGGCGUCGUCGUCGGCCCCGCGAUCGGCGGCGUCCUGGCGGGCAACCGGGCGCUGAAGCGCGGCUUCGCGGUCUUCGAGCGCUACCCCUACCUGCCGCCGAACCUGCUGACGGCGCUCCUGGGGCUGCUCCUGCUGCCCUGCGUCGCGGCGUUCAUCCCCGAGACGCGCGCCGCGCGGCCGCCGGCGGCCGCCGCGGCGAAGCCGCGGACGGCGAUCCUGCAGAACAGGGCCGCGGCGGCGGCCAUCGCGACCUACGCCCUCUACAGCGCCGUCGAGAUCGGCGUCACGGAGGUCGUCUGCCUCUGGGCCGUCGCGUCCGAGGCGAGCGGCGGCCUCGGGCUGAGCAUGGCGCGCGUGGGCCAGGCGCUGGGCGCCGUCGGCGUCUUCAUGGUCGUCGUCCAGUUCGCGCUCUACGAGAAGCACGUCGCGCGCGUCGGCGAGCGCGGCGGCGUGCUCGGCGCGCUCGCGCGCAACGGCCCGGCGAUCGCGGCGCUCCCCGUCGCGGCCUACGCGCUCGAGGCGGCCUUCGGCGAGGGCGGCGCCGUCGCCGCUUUGGUCCUCGUCCACGGCUUCGUCAAGUGCGGCGACACCGUCUUCUUCUCCGCGCUGACGGCCGUCGCGAACGCGACCGUGUCCACGGAGGACCGCGGCGCGUUCCAGGGCGUCAACGUCACGCUCGGCAGCCUCGGCAAGGCCCUCGGCCCGACGGCGGGCGCCGUGCUCUUCGCCUGGACCAUCAACGCCUCGGCGCUACGCGCCGCGGACCCGCGCGUCCGCGCGGCGUCGACGUUCCUGCUCUACGGCGCGGCGACGUCGCUCGUCUGCGCCUUCGCGUCGCGGCGGCUGGACGCGCCGGACGACGACGCGCGGACCUACGAGAUGGUCCGGUCCCGGUCGACGAACCCGCUCCGCGAGGCGGACGUCGAAGCGGCGCCGCCGGCGGCCGCGGCCUCGCCGUCGCACGCGCCGCUCAUCGUCGAGGUCGAGGGCUUCGACGCCGACGCCGCGCCGGACGCGCGCGAGUCCGAGUUCACGGACGACGAGGACGACGGCAUCGACGCCGACGCCGUGCCCGCGCGCGGCGCGGCUAACACGCGGGUGUGA